UUUUGAAUGCAUGGAGCAAAUGGCUGUAGCAUCAACUUUUAGCUGUGAUGUUUUGCUAAAAGCCUCCUGUUUCUGCAAAUGUGUAGGGCACUUUGGAUCAAACACUAAAUUCCAGGGGCGGACUGACCAUUUGGAAACUCGGGCACUGCCCGGGGCCCGGGAUGCCCCUAGUACCUUUUUCAUAGGCUUUUUUGAGUUUGGGCAAGGACACAGUGGCCCCAUGAUCCCCUAUUGCCCGGGG